GACGCUUCGCUCUGCGCCCGCCCACUGUGCUCUCUUGCCUGUGCAGGGUUUGUUGUUGUCAAGAUGGAGUUCCUGUUGGGGAAUCCGUUUAGCACUCCUGUCGGCCAGUGCAUUGAGAAGGCCACUGAUGGGUCCCUGCAGAAUGAGGACUGGAUGCUCAACAUGGAGAUCUGUGACAUCAUUAACGAGACAGAGGAAGGGCCCAAAGAUGCCAUCCGUGCCAUCAAGAAGAGGCUAAAUGGGAAUCGAAACUUCCGGGAGGUGAUGCUGGCCCUGACUGUGCUAGAGACUUGUGUGAAAAACUGCGGCCACCGAUUUCACGUGUUCGUGGCUACCCGGGACUUCAUCGACGGCAUCCUGGUGAAGAUCAUCACUCCGAAAAACAAUCCUCCCACUAUAGUGCAGGAUAAAGUAUUGGCACUGAUUCAGGCUUGGGCUGAUGCGUUCAGAAGCAGUCCAGACCUGACUGGAGUCGUCCAAAUUUAUGAGGAGCUGAAAAGAAAAGGUGUAGAGUUCCCCAUGGCAGACCUGGAUGCUCUUUCACCAAUCCACACGCCGCAGAGAGGAGUCCCAGAAGUUGAUCCAGCCUCACAUAAGUACAAAGCUCCUCCUCAGCCGAAGCCAACAUCCCAGACACCUCAGACAUCUGAAGCUAGUGUCUUGCCUGCUCAGACUCAAAUGCCAAACAUGACUGGGCCGAUCACUCCAAACCCAGAACAGAUUGCCAGGCUGAGGAGUGAGCUGGACAUUGUCCGAGGGAACUGCAAAGUGAUGUCAGAGAUGCUGACCGAGAUGGUGCCAGGGCAGGAGGAUGCCUCUGACCUUGAGCUUCUCCAGGAGCUGAACAGGACGUGUCGGUCCAUGCAGCAGAGGAUAGUGGAACUCAUUUCUCGUGUCACGAAUGAAGAGGUCACAGAGGAGCUCCUGCAUGUCAACGAUGACCUAAACAACAUCUUUCUUCGCUAUGAACGGUAUGAGAGAUACAGACUGGGCCGAAAUACACAGAACAACGGGGUGUUAAACGAGGCUUCAGCAGAGGAUAAUCUGAUAGAUCUCGGUCCAGGCUCCCCAGCUGUCGUCACCCCUCGAGUCAGCGCUGCAGCCACUCCCACACCUCCGUCUAGCAUUCCUGCUGCUGCUGCUGCUGCUGCCGCCGCUGCCCCGUCACUCUCCACACAGCUUGCAGGACUGAAUUUGGAAUCAGAAAGUGUCAGCGGAACUUUGAGUACGCUGUCUACUCACAAUCCUCGUGAUGACUUCGACAUGUUUGCCCAGACCAGAGGCAGCUCCCUUGCUGACCAGCGCAAAAAUGUGAAAUAUGAAGAGCCACAGGCUCUCGGCGGCCUGGCUUCCGCUCUGGACGUCCGACAACAAAAUGCUGCCGGGCCGAGUCUAAAGGGUGAUAACGCAGAGUUGGAGCCCAUAGACAGCUGGCUCAUUACCCAAGGAAUGAUUCCUGUAUCGCAGUCUUCUGUCAUGGAUGACAUUGAGGAGUGGCUCGGUGCUGAUGUGAAAGGUGAUGAGGCUGAGGAGGGAGUGACCAGUGAAGAGUUUGACAAGUUCUUAGAAGAGCGGGCCAAAGCAGCAGACGCUGCACUACCAUCACCCCCUAGAGGCGAUCCCUCUGUUCCUGCGAGUGCGCCGAGCAGCAGCCGUAAGAAAGCCGAGCGGACUGAGGACAACCUCUUUGCACUGUAAGGUCGAUCCUGAACUUUAAGAAACGCCCAGUUUCAUCCCCAUCAGCGUUCCUCUGGAUGCCUGCUGCCUUUCCAUGCUGCUCUCUGUCACACAUUUCUUGAUCCAUCACGGGACUCCUGGUCCAUUUCCACCUCUCAAGCUGCUGGCCGGAGCAGGGCAGCUUCUGCUCGUUACCCAGACUCGACAUACUUUUGUGUGUAAAUUCAGGGGCAGAGGGAUGAUCUGUCUUACACUAGCAAAUUUCUCCGCAGCGAAGUCAUGAUGUAGUUUAAGUCUGUUUGGCUGCGAUACGCCAGGAUUAUAACUUAUUUCUGUUUAUUAACAGGAGCAUUGCAUAAUCUGGCUUUAAAAAAAAAACAGGUUAUAAUAUCUCAGAUUUCUCAUGCAAGUUUACAUACUAAUCUAAAAUAUGCCAUUGCUUUAGGGUAAGUCUUAAAUUCCUGUGGUCCAGUGUCAUUGUAAGGGAAAAUCAUGUAUGUAAAAGUGACAAAUUAAAGGAAAAAUAAUGUGUUAGAGGUAAUAGUCUCUGUAUAAAGUCACUAUAACUAAACUGUCUGGAUCAACACCACUAUUUUCUAAAAACAAGGGCGGGGGGGGGGGGGGGUUGAUGAUGAUUGAAAGCUCUCUAAGAUCUCUCAUAAGUGCUUGAUUUGAACAGACUAUAAACAGACCCGACAUUAUUUUCAUACUCUGCAAACUAUUUAGUGAGCUUUUUGUGCCGUGUCAGAUGGGACGGGGUCAUGCCAGAAGAGCUUCUCAUCAGAAGAGAAAUGUUUUAAAGGAUGAUCAGUCAAAAGAACCCUGUAUUGAUUUGCAGUAACUCCUCUAAUAGCGCGUUUGCACUCAGCAAGCUACCCAUAAUCCAAGUUGUCGCUAUUUCCACCACCAUGUAAGAGCAACUUAAAUAGUGCUCACCAUUGAUUGGUAAAACAUAGUCAAGCAGCUGACACUGAUUAAUGUCUCUGGCUGGACUCUGGUAUCUACAGGAAUGAAAUCUUCUGGAAAUUACUAAUUCUGACUGCCAAAAUGAUUUACUCUUGAUUGGACAUUUCUUUGGCAGAUUUAAGAAACAUACUCACAAUUGUAACCAGCAAUUUACGCCUUCGCCAUUAGGUCCGUCGAACUGUGCAUCAGUCUCAGCAAAGCAAUGUAGAAUGAGACAUUCAAUGUUUGUAGGAUUUUUGUGGAAUUAUCAUUGUUGCAUUCCCAUUACAUUUGGGAAUAAGAAUAAACAAGGCUGAGGUCAUGGCCAGGUCAAAUGUUUGAAAGUUUUUCUUUAAUAGCUUCCUACUCAUUUUAAGUAUAUUUUAAGGAUAUCCUUAGUAGAGAAGGCAUCCCCACCAAAACCAUUGUAGUUAUUAUUUAACCAGAGUGACAUCUUCUAAAGCAAAUUCCAAACAGCGUCCCCUUCACUUUGUUUGUGCCUAGGAUGAAGCUGUCUGGUGCUCUCAUAAAUAUUGUAGAAAGAUAUUUCAGAUUCAGUACCAGAAACACAGCUUUGGGUUGUGUUUGUUUUUAAUAUGGACACUCUAAUCACUCUUAUACUAGCAAGCAUUACUAUGUUCGGGUUUGUAGGCAGCCGUUAAUUAAAAGAUUGCUUCUCUGAUUAGUUUGUUGUCAUACUUGUGUUUGAGUGUGUGCUUCUAUUAAAAUAAAUGUACAUUAGGGAGGGAAACAGAAAUCAAAGAGGCAUAGUUUUAUUUAGUGUGAUUGCUCAAGCAAUCAGAUUAUUCUCCAUUUUAAGGUUUCUCUUUAUCUUUCUGUCACUUUGGUUGUUUUGUUUUUCCUUCAAUCUAACGAUUUUUGAAAUACAAAUCGAAAUACCAAAUUGUAGUUCGGGUAUAAAAUUGCUUGCACCGUCCCACAUCAUUCUCCUCUUACUUUUGUUCUUUAUCCCAAUUUUUUUUCUCCAUUGAAAUGAAUGUUCCAACGUUUGCCAAGUGAACGUUACUUACUUUGCCAACUGUAUACUGCUGUAAAGCAAUCUCAUAUCACUUAAUUUGAUAACCCCUCCAUGACUGUAGUUAUAUGAUGGGCAAAACAAACAACACAUAAAAAUUUUAGAUUUGGGCCAAAUUGCGCUGGUUUGUGGGGAUGCACUAUUAUAAAGGGAGGAGCUAUGCUAAAAAAAAAAAAAAACCUCAGCAGAAUACUAGAGCCACCAGUUUUUCCUUUAAUUUGUCAUAUAUGUAUGUAUUCAGUUAAAUCUGGACAACAGGAGAUUUUUUAAAGGGAUUUUUUUUUUUGCACUGUCAGGGUUUCAUUCCUCAAUUGCUUUGUGUGUUCGGCUGCUGAAUGAAAUUGCAUUGUUGUAAUCAUAAAAAUGGUCACCAAAGACAGUAGAUGAUACAUGUUCACUCUUGUUUCAGAGAGCUAAGAGCAUUUCCAAGAACCAAGUUCUUUAAAGCACACUGCCUGCUUAAUACUGUUUAAAACAUUAAAUGACCUUUAAGUGAAUUAAUGGAAUAUUUCACAAAUACUAAUUAAGCAUUUGUGAAAGAACGUUAUUUUAUUUUCAGAAUCAUAUAUUUUUGUGCUUGGAUGGUCAGCUUCAUAGCCAAAAAAUCCCAAAUGAAUAUCAGGGCCACAGCAGCAUUUAAAGAGUAAAUGGAUGGAAUUUGUUUUCUAGUUUAAUCUUUCAGGAUUAAAUUAGGGUAGCAUAAAUUGUACACUAUGUAUUUAUAUUUAUACAUAAAGAUAUGUAUAUACAACCCAGAAGUAAUGAAAAUAAAUUCCUGUUAUCAUUUCUGAAGUUGUUCUUCAAAAUGAGAUCAAAUUCCACUCAGUCUGGAGCUCAUUUAUGUGACUUGGUUCAUAUUUUUGGUCGUGAUGGUCAUGGUAGGUGCGACAUUUGACACCUGGACAAGUAUGUUAGCAAGUGGAUACAGCUGUACAGAAUGCGGUGGUUAUACCAAAUUAAUAAGCAUAAGUGGGAAUAGCUUUUUAAUCAUUAUUAGAUUGCUCAUAUUGGUAGAGAAACUCUUUCUCUAUAUGAAGGUACUCAACAUAGUUUCCAACACAAGCAAUGUAUUUGUUUAUCGGUGAACCCAACUCUCAAAUCCCCUUUGUAAAAUCCCCUUUGUCGAAGUUGAUGGUCUUUUACCUUACUACAAAAUGUUUGUGAUGACACCGUUGACAAGGGCAAUGUGCACAGAUGGAUAAAGAAGUUAAAAGAGGGGGAAAUCAGCAUUGAAGACCAACCAUGCAGUGAAAGACAAUCAACUGCAACAAAGGGGAUUUUUAAAGAUAGGAUUCGAGUGUUGGGUUCAAUGACUGCGCAAAUGCAUGGCUUGUAAUGGAGACUGUUGAGUAGCAUCUUUGUAUAGAGUAAGAGUUACUUUACCAACGUGCAAUUUGGACAACCUAAUUAAAAAUAAUAAUACUUAUGCCUGAUUUUGCAUUACUCUUGGUACAGCCCUUUUAUAAGAUAGAAUGUAGUUGAAUGUUGAGACAGAAUGAGAUGAGAUGCCUGAUUCAGAAAAUUCAGUUUUCAGAUGGGAUUUGUGACACUUUGAGUCUGAAACUCAGUCGUAACCUUGGUGUACAUCAGCUUUUCAAAUGCAGUAGUUCAGUUUAUUGAUCAUUCAGCGUAACGUAGCAUUAUUUAGAAAUUGGUCAAAACAAGCUAAAAUAUUUGGAUACAAUUUUAACAUUUCAGUACAACACUUAGUACAUUAUUUUAAUGUAGGACAAGGUGUCAUAAAUCAGUGAUAAAAUGCCAAGUAUAGACAGGCCUUCUAUUGCUUUAUAUGAAAAUAAUAGACAUAAACGUCUAAAAUAUUACCUGUUUCCAGAAAGGAACUUACAACAAAAGUCACAAUUAUGAGCAUUCAAUUACAUAAAGCUUUUUUUUUUCUUUUUAUUUGUUUGUUUAUAGCUUUGUAUAAAAUUAAAACAAUGAGGCUGACAUGUCAGUAACUGUGUCCUAUAAAAAGCUUUGCUUUCCAAUAAGGUGGCAAUCGAUAUUUUUAAUAACUGCUUUAAUAAAUGUUGCCAUGUGACAUUAAGUCCUAACUAUUUUGAUUAUAUGUCUCGAACAUUAAUGUCUUAAUGUAUUUUAGGAUAUAAUAAAGUUUCUUAUUGUCA